GGGUGGAAACUAGUUUAGACACUCACAUCCCCAAAUUAGAGCUGUGUAUUCAAUAACAGCUCCAGCUCUCUCAGGUGGGAAGACUUUUGAGAAGAGUUGAAAUGAAAGUAGGUGUGAGAAGUGAAGGGGGUCCAACUGAAGUUUAAAUGGGCCUGAACUGAGUGAAAAUGAAAGUUAUGUUUCUUCCUACAGUGAGUGGAACAUUUAUUUGUAUUAUUAUUAUUUGCCUGUGCAGUAAAGAAUCGGAUAGCCAACUGGAACGGUGAUGUGUUGAAGCUUCAAGAUUCUGUGAUUUGAAAUAAAUGGAUAAUGGGUGCUGUCACACAAAAAUCAGCUGCUUCCCAGCCUAGGUAUGAAAACACAGCAACAAGUUUCAAGUUUGGGUCCUCACUAUCCUCGAAAUGACUUAGGCUCUGAAUCAAUCCUGACUGUUUUGGAUUCAGUUCAGGUUCUCACUUGCUACAAACAAACUAUCCAGAGGCUUGCAACAGAUAUACAGUAUUUCAUUUUAGUUGAUUUACUCAUGGUUGCAAGCACUUAUAUUAAUAAAAGCAACACAGUCAAACUCUGUAUCUGUAUGGUAUAUGUAAAGAUGAGUUAAAGUCUUUAAUUCAAGUUUUUAUCAUCUUCUGUUGGUGGAUCUGUGGUGAUUUUAUUAUAGAAAGAGAAGAUUAAAAACAAAUCAUAAUGAAGGAAAAAUCCAAAAAUGCUGCCCGAACAAGACGGGAGAAAGAAAAUAGUGAGUUCUAUGAACUGGCUAAACUACUGCCUUUGCCCUCGGCCAUCACCUCACAACUGGACAAAGCGUCUAUCAUACGGCUAACAACCAGCUACUUGAAAAUGAGAAUUGUAUUUCCGGAAGGACUCGGCGAAGCUUGGGGUCAUCCUAGUCGAACAACCUCUCUGGAUAAUGUAGGACGUGAACUGGGAUCUCAUCUUCUGCAGACAUUAGAUGGAUUCAUUUUUGUUGUUGCUCCAGAUGGGAAAAUAAUGUACAUUUCUGAAACAGCGUCGGUACAUUUGGGUUUGUCACAGGUAGAACUGACCGGAAAUAGCAUUUACGAGUACAUCCACCCAGCUGAUCACGACGAAAUGACUACAGUGCUCACAGCCCAUCAACCUUACCAUUCACACUUUGUCCAAGAGUAUGAAAUAGAACGUUCUUUUUUCUUGAGAAUGAAAUGCGUGUUGGCAAAAAGAAAUGCCGGCUUGACGUGUGGUGGAUACAAGGUGAUUCACUGCAGUGGAUAUCUGAAAAUCCGCCAGUAUAGUCUAGAUAUGUCUCCUUUUGAUGGAUGUUAUCAAAACGUGGGUUUGGUGGCUGUUGGACAUUCACUGCCACCAAGUGCUGUGACAGAAAUCAAACUGCACAGCAAUAUGUUUAUGUUUCGAGCAAGUCUGGACAUGAAACUGAUAUUUUUAGAUUCUAGAGUUGCUGAACUUACUGGUUAUGAACCUCAGGAUCUGAUUGAGAAAACCUUGUACCACCAUGUACAUGGCUGUGAUACUUUUCACUUGCGAUGUGCCCAUCAUUUGUUACUGGUAAAAGGACAGGUCACAACCAAGUACUACCGAUUCCUAGCCAAACAAGGAGGUUGGGUGUGGGUUCAGAGCUACGCUACAAUAGUCCACAACAGCAGAUCUUCCAGACCACACUGCAUAGUCAGUGUCAACUACGUUCUUACGGAUACAGAAUAUAAAGGACUGCAACUAUCAUUAGACCAAGUGACAUCAACCAAGCCAUCAUUUUCUUAUGCCAACACGGCACCAGCAAUUGCUGACAGUAGAAAAGGAAACAGGGCCCGCAUCAUACGCACCAAAACAAGAGCUAGAGCAUCUCCAUACCCUCAGUAUUCUGGAUUUCACACGGAACGGUCAGAAUCUGACCAUGACAGCCAAUGGGGUGGGAGUCCGCUGACAGACUCCGCCUCCCCACAACUGCUGGAUCAAGGAGAAGGGCCACACUCCCAGCACUCUGACAUCUCCUGUGCAUACAGACAGUACUCGGACCGCAGCUCUCUUUGCUACGGUUUUGCUUUAGACCAAGCUGCCAGGCUGACUGAAGAAAGAAACUCCCACUACCACACUCAGGCCUGUGAAGGGGGAAGGUGCGAAGCCGGUAGAUACUUUCUAGGCACCCCACAGCCCGGAAGAGAUAGUUGGUGGAGUUCCCCUCGGACACCAUUGCAUGUGCCUAAAUCAUCACCAGAAAACAGGGAAGGAUAUGAGAACAGUAUGCCACACAUUGCUUCAAUUCACAGCAUUCCUGGGAGAGGCCACUGGGAUGAAGACAGUGUUGUCAGCUCUCCAGAUCCCGGUUCUGCCAGCGACUCUGGAGACAGAUACCGCAGUGACCAGUACCAGAGCAGCCCUCAUGAGCCCAGCAAGAUUGAAACGUUGAUAAGAGCCACACAGCAAAUGAUUAAAGAGGAAGAAAACAGGUUGCAGCUUCAAAAGGCUACUCAGGAUCAUAUGGUAUCAGUCAAUGGGAUGACAAAGAGCCACUCCUCUUGUUACGCCACUAACUAUCCACAGACUCAGCUACAAGGGGUUGUGUGCCGUGGACCUGGUGUCACUAGCUCCGCCUUGUGUGACCACCUCCAGCACAGGGAUGGCAAAAUGAUAAGCCCCCAGGAAAGCAAGCAUGACAACAGCCCAACGUCACUGUCACGAAUAAGUAGCCCAAUUUCAGACAGAAUUUCCAAAUCUGGCUUAUCAUUAGCCAAGGACUACUUGCACACAGACCUGUCUCCUCAUCAAAAGCCCGGAAACCACUGUGCAUCCUCCUCCCCCACUAACUACGCAUCUCACCAUCGGCAGUACUUAGACAAACAUACUUACUCCCUGACUGGUUAUGCAUUUGAGCACCUGUAUGACAGCGAGACCCUCAGAAACUAUUCUUUAGGCUGCAGUGGCUCCCACUACGACGUGACUUCACAUUUACGAGUGCAGCAAGACCAGGCACAAGGACACAAAGGGACCUCUGUCAUAAUCACAAAUGGAAGCUAACAUUUGUAAAGAACAUGGUGCCAAAAGCCAGAUUUAAAUGCACUAUAAAAUAUUAUGGGUUUCUUUUUAAGGUCUUGUUAACCUUCAGUAAAUAUUUAGGUGCAGCCAAGUUAAACAUAAACCAGGGUAUGUGCCCUUUUAUUCUUCUCUGCAUUUGUGCACACUAAGUGAUCAAUUUGCAUACAUUGUGAAAAUGUGAAGAAUUUAUGGGAACAAAGAUUAGGAAGGGAUAAGGAUUUAUAUAUAGCUGUGUUUAAAGACCUGGAAUACAGUCUGAAAUCACAUCUCUUAGUGCAAUCAGACCAAAACCUUAUUUUUUUCUAACUAUAUCGGUCAUUUUGUUGUUGUUCAAGACAACAAAGAAUAUGCAACUAAUCUGAAUGUGGCUAAACAUGGGAAUGAAGACAAAUGUUAAAAUGUGAAGUUAUUAUUUUAGGUGUGUGAUUUAUUCAGUAGGACACAUGAAAGGUAUUGUGCAAACCUAUAUUGUUUGUUUCUUUGUUUCUUUGUGGUUUUUUUUUCUUCUUUCUAAACACAAUACUACAUGUGCAAAUAAAUAACGCUUCUGUCGGGCUCCUACAUGCAAGAGAAAAAGAAAAAGAAAAUGAAAUGCAAAGUGCUUUGGAGCAAGCGUUUUAUGUCUUGAUCUUGUUUUCUUUUCUUUUUUUUUUUUUUUUUAGUACCAAACUAAAACAUGCAAGUAACGAGACUUAUCUCUUGAAACCUUGGAAAUAUGUUUCAGCUGUUUGCACCCUCUUAAAAGAUUUCUGAUUUUAAACACACUGAAAAGCCUGCUCUAUCUUGCCAUAUAUAGCUAUGGCUAAAGGUUUUACAUCACCUAGAAUUUUCGGAUUGAGCCUAAUUUUUAUUUGUAUUUUUUUAAACUAUCUGAGCUUAAUUUAGAUAUUUUAUUUAACAUCAUGUAACCAAAUAAACUACAAAAUCAUAUUUCAAGUCUGCCAGAAGCCAUACUAAUAGUACAGUAGAGUUCGAAAUGUAAACAUUUUCAUUUUUUGUCAGUUUUUCAUUAAGUAUAUGGAAAACUAUAAAGCGGUAUGAUUCAAUAUGUAAACGUAAUAUUAUUCAGCAGGCUUCAUUUGACUUUAUGAAGGAAAAUUAGUUAAUUCUAUAGGGUGAUGCAAAACCUUUGGCCAUAGCUGUAUAGUCAGUAGUAGCCUUAUAGUAAAUACAAAUGUAGAUACAAUUUGUACAUUUCUUUCCAGUCCCCUCCCAUGUAGGUAAUGUAGAAGACUGUUUGGUUUAGCUACUUAGUUCCUAAGACCUUGUCAAGUGUUUCUCCACUAGAUUUAUUUAUGAUGUAAAUACUCUCUCAGAAAGCAUUUGAAGUACAGGUGCAUACAUGUAUUUAUUAUGUGAACAAGAAAAAUGUUUUUGUUUUUUUUUUGGUUUUGAAAUAUAGUUGCAAU